UUUGCCAAUAGCUUUUCCGACUUUAAAACUAGUUUAUGCUCUAUUUUAACUUUGUUUUUAUACUCAUUAUAUUUCAUAUUUGAGACAGUUAACCUAGCAAGUUUCUAGAAAAGUGUCAGAAGUUAGCAAACAUUAACCAUUAGCUCAUUUUUCCCUCUGGGAUAAAGCUCAAGGUCUUACACUUAUAACUUUUUAAACUGCGACAUGUGCAGACAUUCCUGGACUUGGUGGCCAAAUGAAUCCCCCUCAGAUAUUAGUCGACUCUCUUGGUCCUUUGUCACCCUGCUGACAGCUGCUUGCCAGAGUCCAGAUGAAUGCCAAAGGUCUCCAGAGACGGUGUGAGGGGAAACUGACUUUGAGGAGCAGCAGCAGCGGUGUGUGAAUCUCUGCGGUGUCACUCCUCUGCUGCCCAUGAGGAGCCUUGUGUGUUGGAGUGGAGUGUGCCGGUCACACCCAGUGUCCCUCACACUGGGACAGCACUGCUCCCUCCAGGAUCCGAUGAUUACAGGGCAGCUGAGCAAGCCGCUGCUCUCCCUGCGCAGCGACAUGAGCGCAGCAGAACUCCGGGCGGACGACAAAGCAGCCACCCCAGACAGCGAUCUGAACGACGAGCCCCUGCUCCUGCCCUCCGAGGCCACGGACAGAGAGGGCACUCCCAACAAGCUGUACGGAGCUCGAGACGGUUCAGUCCAGUCUGACGCCAGCAGCAGUCCUUCUGAGCAGAGUCAACUGGGCCAGUCCCACCCAGGAUACCCAAUGGGUCCACAGUCUCUCCUGGUGGCCCAGCAGCUGGCCAACGCAGUAGGCGGUGUGAUGUCUGGGGCGGCGCCAGGCAUGAACCAACCCAUUCUCAUCCCCUUCAAUGCAGGUGGACACCUGGGCGGGCAGCAGGGCCUGGUUCUCUCUCUGCCCACAGCCAACAUCCAGAGCCUGGUGGCUGCUGCUGCUGCAGGGGGCAUCAUGACGCUCCCCCUCCAGAACCUGCAAGCUACCUCAUCACUGAACUCCCAGCUCCAACACCUGCAGCAGCUCCAACAGAUGCAGCAGCACCACCAGCAGCAGCAACAGCAACAUCAGCAGCAACACCAUCACCAACAGACCCACUCCCACACCCAGAACCAGCUGCCAUCCCAGCAUCACAUGACCCCGCCCAGCCAGCAGCAGACCUCUGUCCCGUCUCCAGGCUCUGCCUGCUCCUCCACCUCUGGACAACCGCAGCAGUCCCCGCCGCACAGGCCCAACCAGUCGCCGGCCCGCAGCCUUCCUUCGCCCGUCACCCCGCCCAUGCCUUUGUCGCUGAAUCCACUGGCCAGCCAGGCGGCGGUAGCAGCAGCAGCAGCCAUGGGAUCCAUCGCCGGUUCUCAGGUGUUUGGAAACACCCUGUCAAACCUGCAAGGAGCCACUGGACAGCUGGUAACCAAUGCACAAGGACAGAUAAUUGGAACAAUUCCACUGAUGCCCAACUCUGCAGGGCCCUCCAGCCAAUCAGGGGGUGGCAACCCAGCACUGCAGGUACAGCCAAUUACACCUCAGCUUCUGACCAACGCUCAAGGCCAGAUCAUCGCCACGGUGAUCGGCAAUCAGAUCCUGCCUGUCAUCAACACCCAGGGAAUCACGCUGUCACCAAUCAAGCCUGGACAGCAGCAGCAGGGUCAGACAGGCCCUGCAUCGUCUCAGCCCAACCUGCUCCACAUGCCCCACAGACAGAGUCCUCUCCACCAGGCCUCUUCCUCCUCCUCCACCUCCUCCUCUUCCUCGGCUCUCAGUGUGGGGCAGCUGGUCAGCAACCCGCAGACCGCCCCCAGCGAGGUCGACGGGGUCAACCUGGAGGAGAUUCGUGAAUUUGCCAAAGCAUUCAAGAUCCGCCGACUGUCCCUGGGCCUGACACAGACUCAGGUGGGCCAGGCGCUCAGCGCCGCCGAGGGGCCGGCGUACAGCCAGUCUGCCAUCUGCAGACACACCAUCCUGAGAAGCCACUUUUUCCUACCACAGGAAGCCCAAGAGAACACUAUAGGUAGCAGUCUGACAGGCAAACUGAACCCUGGCCUUUUAUAUCCUGCCAGGUUUGAGAAGUUGGACAUCACCCCUAAAAGCGCCCAGAAGAUUAAGCCCGUUCUGGAGCGCUGGAUGGCCGAGGCUGAGGCCCGCCACCGAUCCGGCAUGCAGAACCUGACUGAGUUUAUCGGCAGCGAGCCUUCCAAAAAACGCAAGCGGAGGACCUCUUUCACCCCGCAGGCGCUCGAGAUCCUCAACAGCCACUUUGAGAAGAACACACACCCCUCUGGACAGGAAAUGACGGAAAUAGCCGAGAAACUGAACUAUGACAGGGAGGUGGUGCGUGUCUGGUUCUGCAACAAGAGGCAAGCCUUGAAAAACACAAUAAAGCGUUUGAAACAGCCCGACAUCGGCCCGGCUGCACCAAUGGACCCUCUCACUGAUUCUCUAGAGGAGCUCCCGAAGUGAACGAGCUCUCCGGCAAAAACAGUGGAGUGGAAAAGUGGCAGCCAUUAAAACAACAAAGGUGGAUGAACUCAUCUUGAAAUGAGAACUGAAAAAUGUUCCCAAGUCACCUGGAUGGACAAGUCAUGAGUUUGCAAACAAAAACUAUGUGUUGUCAGUGUGAUUACCACAGCUAUGUAAAUGACCUUGGCGAAACCAAAAACAUGAAAAAAGAGAUUAAUAUCUGAGAAUUAUGUAAAAACAUACAGUGUGCUGUUUCAAAGAGUUUUAGAUUCUGGCCUUCCAGACCAGACUAUCGCCCAAAUUUUGGUUCCCACGAGAAGGGAUUUAGUAAAGAGAUCAUACCAAAUCAAAACACUAUUUACCAAAGUCUGUUGCAUCUGAGUACUAAGAAUAAUUUUGUAAUGUAAAUGUGCUCUAAAUUUUUACAUUUGUACUGGCAAAUUUAAGCUAUAUGUGUGAGGUUGAGUAUACAUUUUAUCUUUGUCUCGCUUACUUUUUUCUUCAUUGUUUGUAUGUAAAUAUCUUUAAAAUAAAAAAAAUAAAAAUGCUGUCUUCGAAUUGAAAUCAUACUGAUAAAGUUCUCUUUUGGACAAAAAAAAAGUACCUUUGCUGUUAAACAAUUGCGUAAUAAUGUUGUUUGCAUCUGAUUUGUGUUUCAUCUGCAAAUAUUUUCAGUCACGGUGUAACUUUGUACAACUUUUACAGGUAUUUAUUAAUAAUCUCAUGAGAUUGUUUGAGAGGACGGACGGAGAGUAAACUAAGGACUUUCACAUGAUGAUGAUGAUGAUGAUGAUGAUGAUGAUGAUGAGGGGUUUCAGUGUCUGUCAAGUCUACUGCAGCUUUCUUUUGAGCUACUGUGUCAUUCUGUUGCCAAAGCCUGAUAGCCAAAGAACACAUAAAUUGCAGCUCAAGGACUGGUGAAGAUUUUACCUUUUUAUUUAUUUAUUCACAUGGCUUUUCUCCCCCCCCCCCUUUUUCUAAAGUGUUUCACUCUGUGGGUCAAGUUGAACAAAAAAAAAAACACUUAUCAUGUCAAACACCUGCAACAGUGUCUGCUGUAAUCCUUUGUCACGGCAAUAUAGAAAAUGUGUUGGAUACCUUCUUUUUUUAAGCAAAUUUUCCUCUGCAUGCUUCAACUCAAACCACAUGAAGACAGAUUAUUUGCAGCCUUGGCUAAAAUAAAUUUCACCAGGCAGCCCAAAGGUUAAACUUAUUACCUGAAUUUUGCUAAAAUCACUGAAAAAUAACGCAUUUUACAUGCGAAACCCUUUAAUUACACCCUAAAAUUAAGUAAACGUGUGGUUGAAGCCUGUUUGUCGCCAUUGACCAAACUACUGAGCUGUUUUUAUAACCUGAAUAUUUCAACUCAAGUAUGCUUUUCUGCAAAGAUAAAUGUUGUUUCCUUUAUAUUCUGCAUUCCACUCAGCUAAGUGACGGUUUACAGAUGUUACAAUCAACCAUUGUAAUGGAGAUGUGUUUUUUCUCACCAAUGAACUGAUUUCUAAUACAGUAAAAUGCUUUGAAAGGUUCAUUUCAACAGAUUCUCUUCAAGUUUUCAUGUAUUUGUAGUUUUUUUUUUAUCAAAAUCUACAUGGGUAGAAAUUAAUUUCAGUCCACUGAUAUGUUGAUGAAGUGACUCUCCAUCACUGUGUACUAAACUGUUCAUUUUACAUGGUAUUACCUUGUGAGAAUGUCAAUAUUACAUGCAGGAACCUCCCAGACCGUCACUACAAAUAUUUGGCUUCCACAAAAAACCCUCACAGGAAAAUAAAAAUAAAAAAGAGGUGAAUGUUGAGAAUAAGUGUCACAUGUCAGAACGAGUGAACUUAAUUUGAAGUGAGGUGAAAUUUGAUGCAAUUUAUUCAGAAUCGUGUCUUGCUCGAUAUCUGUCCUUCCAUGUCACAUUGGUUAUCUCAAUCUUUCAGUCCCCUGUGCACGGCUGUGUUCUUCUUCACUGCCUGUAAAACACGCACACGCUCGGUACAUGUUAGGAAACACAUGAAGAAGCUUUACAUGUAGAAGGAGAAAGUAAGUUUUGCAGGAAAGGCAACUGUAGACUCUCAUUUCCUUUGGUGCACAGACUUUUAUAUAAUUUUGAUUAUAUUUUCCAGUAUUUGAACUAAAUUUUCAUCUGCACGUCUAGCAACAGAUAAUUACUUUUAUUGUAUUUCCACCUUUAGUCAGACUUUGUGUCUUUUUAUUUUUGCAUCCAAUAUUUCAUUCAGGCAAAUGUUUGGCCAAGAAACUACACGUCUGCAUUCACCCACCAGACAAACACAUGAGAACGCAGCAAGCUCCUGCAGGUAGAGAAUAUAGAUCUGUUCUGAGGCUUAACAAUAAAGCUGUAACCAAAACCAAAAAAAAUAAAAAGAAGACAUAGAAAGGAGUUAUGCCUUUGCUCAACUCUUCAGUGCUGGACCAAAGCUCUAUAGUUAUGCACAUUGUACAGAGAAAUAGAUUCCUGAUGUUGACAAUCUUUAAAAUCUGAGAUAAAAGAAUUGAAGAGUAGAAAUGUACAGUAGUUCAUCCAAGGUUUACCUCAGUACUGUCCUUGUGAGAAUAAUACAAACGCCAUACAAGCAGCAGCAGCUCAGUAGAAAAGACAGAUGAUUACUCUGCACUGUGUGUGUCCAUGUUCACCUUCAAUGUGGAGGGACAGGCUUGUGUUUUAUUUAUUAUUAUGUGACACAUGAUUGUUUUAUUUUCGUGAAGUGGUUUCCUGAGCCACGUGUGACUCUCUGGUCAUCUGUUUUUUAUUACUGUUGCAUUAUUUCUCAUUUGUUGUGACGUUCACCUCUCAGUUGUCACAGACCUGUAGACCCGCAUAGAGGAAAAGGAGAUUAUAGUGAUGUUUGCUCUAAGAAAUCAUCCUAAUUGGGUUAAAUCACCUUUAAAUGCUUUUGUGGAAUUUUACUAACACAAACAAACUGGUUUGACAUUUUGUUAAUAGUCAAAGAACUUGAAACCAAAGCUGAAGAGCCUGCAGAAGUUGGUUUUCAUUUUUUAUAGACUGAAAACUGUACUUAAUCUAUAGAGCAAUAUCUGUUUGGUCAGUUAAGCAGCACUUUGUGUAUUUCCAAAAAAAAAAGCUUCAAAUAUGUCACAUUGAUUUGUACCAUAAUUAGUAAUAAACAAUUGUUUGACAUGAA